ACACACCGAUGCUAAAGACGAGUUCUUGAUCUGACCGACCACUUGCCAGCUGCCCUGGAAACAAUUCGAUCCUGGACACAACUCCCCUUCGACAUGGGCCUAUCAAAGACAGCCCGUUUUGUGUGUGCUUCCUUGUUUCUUCUCCUUCCUUUAUCCGAUACAUCAGAAAACAACCCAAUAGUUCGGAGGCAGACCCUCCAACAGGACCUCUGCGCUUCAGUCAAUACUGGCUCGGGCAACGCAUUUCUCGACAGGUGGCAAUCCAACGGUCUCUGCCAGGAUCAUUGUAUCGAGCAAGAUUUCGCCUUUGCCGUAGUCCAAUAUCAAUCAUGCUGGUGCUCGAACGUCGAGCCGCCCAGGUCAACCCUCGGAGACGUCGAUGAGGACUGCUCAGAGAGUUGUCCUGGCUUUCCCGAUGAACUCUGUGGAAGACGGCCUGGCUGGUAUGGAUAUUUACGUCUUGCCAGACAGCCCACGUCGACACAAGCCGACAGCAGCCCCAGUUCGAGCGCGACCUCUACCUCUACUUCUACCUCUACCUCUACCUCUACCCCAACGUCUGAGGUGAGUUCGCAGCCUUUGCUCUCCUUUUAACCCGUUUCCCCCAAAACCGUGUUGUUGCAGUUUAGUUACUUGACCCCUCGGACCAUCGCCACGUUUUGUUGUUUACAAUUGCCUUUUCUUGCCGUCGAUAUUGCCUUUCUCUGCUCAGUCUCUUGUCGAUUCCCAACCCGUCGGACGUGCCACCACCACCCAUCACCAUUUCCAACAAAGGAAAAAAAGAACAGUAACUUAAAUAC